AUGAAUUGCUCCCCUAGACGGCGCACGGCCGCAGCAGCGUGCACGCUUCUGUACAUGCUAGCGUACGCGGCGGCAGUCUACAUCACUCCAGACGGUGUCCACCUCGACUACUUGGAUCGACCCGCGUUCCACCAGCUCGACAAUAGCGGAAAUCUUCAACGACACGGCGGCCCGUCGGCGACGCGCCCGUCGGCAAGCAACGGUGGCGACAUCUAUCGGAUAUCGCAUCAGAACAUCGAGAACGUCGCGCAGCUGAGUUCGCGCACGCGGAACAACGAGCGGAGGAACAUUCCGCUGAACGUUGGCGACGGUGGGAAGAUCUCGCGCCAAAACGCGGACAUCGUCGCGUCGACUGCCGACGAAAACGCGGGAAAGGACGGACAGAGUUUCGAACUGAACGCAAACAAUGCAAGAGCGAGUUUUCAACUAAACCCAAACAAUGGAGAACGGGGUUUCCAACUGAACGCAGGCAACGCAGGACUGGGACAUCAAAUAGGCCUACGAUCAGGUAACACAGGAAGGAGUUUUCAACUUAACAAAGACAGUGCAGGACGGAGCUAUACAAUAAACACAAACAGCAUAGGAAGGAGGUAUCAAAUAAACAGCGGCAACGCAGGAAGGCGUUCUCAACUUAAGAACAGCGAGCAGCAGCGUUUUCGCCAAAGCCCUCAACUACGUAGUGACGCUUCGGAACACAACCGCGCAGCAUCCAAUGUCGAUACUUCGAUUUCCGUCCACCCGAGGGCGCCACCGACCGGUCGCUCGUCCGCGCACGUGUUCGACGUGAUGUCGCCUCCAUCGCGCGGCGACGCGAGCACGGUCGUAUACGUGAGGCGGGUGCCACUGCGGGGACGACCGCAGGUUCUCAUGUACCGACGAUACGCGUCCCCAAGCACGUCGUCCGAAGCCAACAACGCGGCUUCACUCGCCCACUCCUCCUUCCCCUCCUCCUCCUCCUCAUUUUCCUCCUCCUCCUCAUUUCCCUCCUCCUACUCAUCCUCUUUCCCCUCCUCCUCCUCUUUCUCCUCUUCCGCCGAUCGUCCGCAUCCGCAGCGUCCCGUCAGCAUCCUCAGCGAUCGCCGCACGAGCUUCGCCAACUUCGCCAACCGAAACGUGGCGCCAUCCGGCGGCGAAAAUCGUUACGAACCCGCUCGCCGCGCAUCGACCACCGCUCCAGGGUCGGUGAGCACGGUGACGUACGGUCCCGUUAGUCGGAGCUCGCUGCGAGGGAACGGCGAGAGAGCGGCCCGUCUGUCGUUUGAUAGGCGAGGCACAGCGACCGGUAGCAUCGUCGGCAAGGACGAAGGGAGAGGUUUCGAAGGGGCGCUGCAGCAACGUGGUUACGACUAUACAUACAGAGAGGGUCGCGAGUACACGCAGCCGAAAACACUAUACGAUUACAACGUCGAAGAGCCGAUAUGGGGUGACGGCGACAUCGCUGUCACCGGAUCCGGCGUCGCCUAGAUACCUGACCGAACGACAAACACACUCCGUCAUCAGUGAUUGACUCAUUCACUCACUCACUCACUCACUCACUCACUCACUCACUCACUCACUCACUCACUCACUCACUCGCUCGCUCGCUCGCUCACUCACUCACUCACUCACUCACUCACUCACUCACUCACUCACUCACUCACUCACUCACUCACUCCCGCCAUCUACGGCAUUGACAUCAAGCCUAAUCACUACCUAUUUUUCGCCUAGAUCAGUAACGACUAUAGUUGGGAUAUAUAUAUAUUAUAGAGAGAGACAAAUAUAUAAACGAUUGGCGACGUUGACGAAAUGAGGACAACAGCGUCACGUAGCGAUGCACACACACACACACACACACACACACACACACACACACACACACACACACACACACACACACACA